AUGUUAGCUAACAUUGCCCAACAACCAAAAGAGGAUCCACAAUCUUUCCUCAUUCGAACUCUGACCAUUCGCCAAAAGAUAAUUUUUGCCUCAAAAGAGUCGGGAAAUAAUAUAACCUAUGAUCAGAGCUCAGCGCAAGGAUUAUUUCUGCAUGCCCUUGAGACAGGGCUUAUUGAUGAGACAAUCCGAGCAAAGAUGAGACCAACCCUUCAGAAUCAUCUGGUCACCGACGAGGAUUUGAUUGAAGCCAUGAACAUGGCUAUGUCCGCAGAAAUCGAGAGAGUAAACAAAUUCAGUUUUUCGGGCAGAAAGUCAGCAAGCAUAUAUAUCAACAGAGGAGAUGACGUCUGA